CAAACACUGAUGAAGAAAACACACAUUCACAUGUUUACAUCUGGUAGGGAUGGAGCGGUGGUGAAUGAUGGCACAGAAGCGGAUGGUUUCGGUCCUGUGGUCCAUCGGGAGAUCCAGUGCUCACCGUCACGCCUUCAUUCCGAUGUCUCGAUACUGCAGCUCCAGUCCAAUCACCCAGAAACCUCCUCCGCUUCACUCGGAGAACGAAUCUCUUCUGGAGAACCUCUCCAGCAUGGGUGUGGACCUCACCAUGGCCCGUCGACGGCAGCCGGGCGUUCUGCGAAAGCUCCUCACCAACGAACAAGGUCUGGCUCAGUUCCUGAAGAGUAAAGGUGCCGAUCAGCAGACCAUCGGCAGCAUCAUCUCUCGUUUCCCUCGAUCCAUCACACGCUCGUGCGAGCACCUGGAGGAACGCUGGAAGCUCUGGAGAAACAUCUUCAAAAGCGACAGCGAGGUGAUUGGAAUUCUGUCGAGGUCACCCGAGUCUUUUUUCCGUUCCAGCGACAAUGAAAACCUGCAGGAGAACAUCACUUUCCUGAGAUCUCUGGGAAUCACUCCUAAAGAUCUGCACCGGCUGCUCACCACGGCACCGCGGACGUUCUCCAACAGCGUGGAGCUCAACAGGAACAUGGUGGAACUUCUCCAGGGCAUUUGCUUGAGUCUGGGUGGAAAAGAUCACGAACACUUUGCCAAAACUAUCAUCUCUAAGAACUUGUACAUCCUGAUCCGCAGCACCAAUCGAGUGAAAGCCAACGUGAACUUUCUGCUGAGCUCGCUGAGAUUGAGUCACGCAGAGGCGCUGCUUUUACUGCAGAGUCACGGCGCUCAGAUCCUGGACCUGUCACAUGAGAGUCUGAAGCGAAACUUCAAGAACCUGCAGGUGAAACUUCAGUGUCUGGGCUGCAGUAAAGCCGACUUGAAGAAGAUGAUUCUCAAUUACUCGCUCGUGCUCUUCAUCUCAUCAGAACGUCUGAAUGAGAAACUGGGCUGUCUGAUGGACGCUGGGAUUCACAUCCAUCAGAUCAUACAGAAACCAAAGGUUCUUGACUUCAGUCUGGACAUUCUGAAGCAGCGACUGCAGGAUCUCAGCAGACUGGGUUAUGACUUUCAGAAGAACGGCAUCGCGGUCUUAGACUCCAGCAAAAAACGAUUUCAUGCUAAAAUAGAGAGACUGGGCCCUCCAUCGGAACUCUGAUGGUUUCUCACCUGAAUGAAAAAGCCAUGUCAACCUUGUGCUGUUUCUACUGUAUGAAUAAUGAACAAAUAAAUCUCAUGCUCAGGAACACUGUGAAUGUUUUCUGCUUCAUACCUUUACAUUAAUAUUCAAACUCAACUUAUUUUGAGAUAUUAUUGUGUACGUCUGCUCCUUCUGUGGGAAUCGUGAGACCAUAUUUACAUUACCACUAAAACGCUCUGCUAACGAACAUCCCUCACGUACCUGCUCUGGAUCUGUCUCACGGUGGUGGGAUGGUCUGCCUGUUGCUACAAGAUCAGCAGCAUCUUUAAAAAUCAUCUUUUAAGAAUUUAAGAAUCCUUAGAGUUAUGAGGACAAAAGAUGGUGUCGAAACACAUCUCUGACGUCAACACCUGACCCAGUAUUACAGACUUCUCUUUAUUUUUCUACCUUUUCUACUGCUUCUUCUAUCCUUACUCACUCAAAACUUUGUCUAGGGAAAUUUCUUGUAUGUUGCAUGUUUUUCCACCACAGUAGGAAAAAGUAUUGGAUCAUUGUUUGAUCCGGUUGAGCACAGAAUGAGAUUUUUUGAAGAAUUUAUAAAAGCAAACAGUUCUGGGGCACAUUUCACUACCCUUUUAAUUGGUCCUACUAUGGUAGUCAAUGAUGUCCCAGAAAUGUCAGUUGCUAACAUUCUUCCAAAUAUCUUCUUUGUACAAAUGCUCAGAUUUUAUAACUCUGUUUUAAUUUGUUAAAUCCUAAAGUUUACAUUUAACAUAUAUUCAUUUGGCAGACGCUUUUAUCCAAAGCGACUUACAAUGCAUUAUACUAUACAUGUGUAUCUAAGUAUGUGGGGUCGAUCCCAUGACCGUGGCGUUGCUAGCGCCAUGCUCUUAAAGUUGUUUAUU